CAAACGGCGGGGAGGAGGUGAGUAGCGGGUCCGAUGGAUUCCGAAAGACCACCGGGGACUGAGCGCAAGAACCCGUAGCAUGUCGACCAUACGUUGCUCCAAGACCUAGAGCCCGUUGAAGCGGAGCAUAUGCGAGUGGUCUUCCAUAUACCGAUUAAAGGGAUUCACUUCAAUCUGGCCGGUAGCGCAUUCGGCGGAGCAUUGGCGAGUGUGAUGGACAUCGCGACUGGCCACGCGAUUGCAACAGUCUCGAGGCCCGGUUUCUGGCCGGCUCCACACGGCAUAUCCCGUGUCAUUAACAUAUCCUUCCUGAAACCCGUCACCCGCACUGGCGAGGUUCGCAUCGAAGCUAAGGUCAUGCAAUUCGGCAAGUCGGCGGCGAUGGUGCGGGGCGAGUUGACGAGCUUGGAUGGGAAGGAGAUCUAUUGCACGGUGGAACAUCAUAAACUGAGCUUCCCGCCGCCGGGGGAGGUUCGGCUACCGUGGGAUGACGAGUUGGAUCAGAUCAUUGCAGAUAAGAGCAGGAUGCUAGUGAAGUUAUGAUGAGCGGGAGGACCACAGCAUCUUAAUUGUUGAUAGAUUGUGGACUAGAUUAGCCGCAUCCCGGAUGCGGUAUAGAUGUGAUAAUCUCUUGAAGCUUUACAACGCUUGAAAUCUUUGCGGUCGUAUGUCCUUUGCCGAGGCAUGGUGCGUAUCCUCGCCAUC